AUGCCUGUUCAGGACCUGACAUCUGCUCCAGCGGAAAUCGUAUUUUCCAAUCCUCACGAAGUGGAUACCCCACCUACAUGUGGCUGUUGCGCGAGUAACUGUAAUCAUAUUAACCGCAUCGUCGUUGGCCCUUUAUAUCGCCAACGAUCGAAUGAGACCCAUGAGAACAGUCGUGAAGAUCAUCAGGAAAAAGACACUUCCGUCGAAGAACCUCUUCUUGAGGAUCACGAUCCGUUUGUUGCGUCGUUGCAACUUCUAGAACGAAUCGGUAGCGGACAUUUCGCUGACGUCUUUCGUGCAUCAUCCAACCUAGGCGACGUGGCAGUGAAGGUGUAUCAUGCGGAUCAGGCAACCUUUGACAACGAAUUCGACAAUCUGACCCUACUUCAGUCUUUGAAGCAUCCAAAUACGGUACAGUUGGUGAGUACGGACAAAAUGAAACAUUCGCUUCUUUCUGCGUUUUAUUAG